AUGGCCAAAGGAACUGAUCAUGAGAUGAGGAAUCUUUCAUCUCCAGCCUCACAAUCCCUUAAUGAUGAAAGUACCACAGGAAGUGAGGAACCCAGCAAAUGCACGCUUGCAGUCUCUGACAGUGAAGUUGAUUCAGCAACAUCACUUGCCUUAGAAAUGAAAUAUGCAUUGGAUCCCAAUCGGCAAAUCAAGAAAAGAAACAAAGCUCUACAGGUGAGAUUCAAAGACAUCUGCGAAGCCCAGAAUGAGCAAAGGGACAAACAACUAUCUUUGUUACAGCAGACUGACCAAAAGGAAGCAAAACCCAUCUCUUACAGAGCAGCUUACCGAAAAUACAUGACAGUGCCUGCCCGAAGAUCAAUCCCUAAUGUUACUAAAAGUACAGGAGUUCAGACUUCGCCUGAACUUAAAAAGUGUUACCAGACCUUCCCUUUGGACCGGAAAAAGGGAAAUGUAAUCAAAAGCAUAGCUUCAGUUGAUACUUUUCCAAGUCAAAACAAUGGAUUCCUAAUUGAUAUUAAAGAGAAAGACAGCAAAAUCUCAGGAGAGGCUGUUCAGUGCAGCAAGAAAGUUCCUGGAUUUGUGACAGCUGAAUUUAUUUCACAUACUAAUGAACGCAUGAACGCAAUAGAGCCGUUUUCUAAGGACAACUGUUUGGAGACAUGUAUAAGCACUGAUUUGCACAGCUGUAGUAAAGAACCUCCUUCUGUACAGGAUUCAGCAGCUUCAGUUUUAGAAGAGCCUGAUUACCAGCUGCAUGACAAAGCAAAACACCAUACUGGGCCAUUGAGGUAUGAGGAAGCUAAUCCAGCCAGCCAAGGAAAAGUGUUCAAGACAGAAGUAGCUUCUAUCUACUUGCCCGCAUCUGGUUCACACACAUCACUGGCUGACCAGCAACAUUCGGCAGCAACAGGGAAUGACUGGUCCCUGUGUCCAGCCGAGGAGGAAGACAGAAAAAGAACUCUGCAUCUUAAUGGUCUGCUGUCACAAGCUGUAAGUACAGCUCAGGCCUGUCCCACACAGGCACAGUGCCAGUCUACCCAAUGUAACGAACAGACCCUUCACAUAAAUGUUUCACCUAUGGAAGGAAAACAGCCUUGUCAGACAGCAGUUGCUGUGAGUGAAAGAUGUCAACAAAUUGUGCCUCACACUGAAGUGGUAGAUUUGAAAGCACAGCUACAGAUGAUGGAGAAUCUGAUCAGCUCCAGUCAGGAAACCAUAAAGGUCUUGUUGGGUGUUAUUCAGGAGUUGGAAAAGGGAGAAGCUCAUAGAGAAGGGUAA